GGACUGGACGUGAGGGGAAGGAACCCCAGGAGGAAGUGGGGGUUCGAGGCGGCGGCCGGAGAUGAGCGGCGGCGAGAGGGACCCCGUCGGGUGAGCCCCCGCCCGCCCUCCCGAGAUGGCCAUCGCCCCGAGCCCCACGGCCCCGCAGGCGGGCGCCGUGGCGGUGUGGGAGUGGCAGGACGAGGGGGGCAGCUGGCGGCCCUACAGCGGGUCCGUGUGCAGCUACAUCGAGCAGUUUGUCUGGCAGCAGGGGCCGCGCGGGGGACCCCAGUCCGCCAGCGUCCCCCUGGGGCAGGCCGACCCUGCCCUGGCCCCCUACAUCAUUGACCUCCCCAGCUGGACCCAGUUCCGCCAGGACACCGGCACCAUGCGCUACGUCCGGAGACACCUGUACCCGGCGCUGUCGGCCCCCGGCCGGGGCAUCCUGUGGGAAUGGCUGAACGACGAGGGCACCUGGACCCCGUACGAGAUGAGCGUCUGCGUCUACCUCGAGCAGCAGUUCGCCCGCGGGAGCCCCGGGGCCGACCUGGCGGCCCUGGGCUACAACUACACCGUAGAUUACGGCAGCCACACGCAGGUCAACAAGACGUCCAGCUUCCAGCGCAGCGUCCGGCGGAGCCUGGGCCCUCCCUACCCGGCCGCCGCGGUCCUCGGCCCUCCCGGCCACACGGGGCUGGCCUGCUCCUGCCUGCAGUGCCUGGCCGGCGGCGCGUCGGGCCCCGUCUCCCACCGGGCCCGGCACUGGCCGUCCCACCUCCCGGUGUCGUCGGCGCCCCCGGCCCCGCACCGGACGGCCGCCCUCGGGGCCCACCAGGCCUUCGCGCCCUACAGCAAGCCCGCGCUGGCCGGCGGCCGCUCGGCCCCGAGACUCAACGCCGCCCCGGCGUGGGUUCCGCCGCAGCCGGGCGUCCCCGCGGCCCCCCGCCUCUCCCAGCCCGGCCCCGCCGUCCCCGGCCGGCCGCACGCGGGACCUUCGACGUCCAACGGGACCAGCGCCCCCGGGAGCAUCCCCGUGCCAACGCAGAGGUCCAGCCGGAUUCAGCAGGCCCUGGCAGGCAUGACCGGUGUCCUGAUGUCCGUCCUCGGGAUCCCCCCGUGCCUGCCUCACCCACCGCCGCCCGCCAGCACUCCCGCCUCCCGUUUGUCCACUAAAAGUCACAGCUCAGUCAAGAGACUGAGGAGACUAUCCAGGAAAGACGCCCCACCCACUGAGCCCGGGCAGGUGGUGAAACGGUACCUGGACGAGCUGCAGAGCCCUCCGGAUGAGGACUGCAUGAUCUGCAUGGAGAAGCUGUCCGUGGCUUCGGGGUACAGCGACGUGGCUGACGGCAAGAUCGGCUCCGACACCGUGGGGAAACUCACCGACUGCGGCCACGCCUUCCACCUGCUGUGUGUGCUGGCCAUGUACAAGAACGGGAACCGGGACGGCAGCCUGCAGUGCCCCUCCUGUAAGACCAUCUACGGGGAGAAGACGGGCACGCAACCCAAGGGGAAGAUGGACGUGUCCACGUUCGCCGUGUCGCUGCCCGGCCACGAGGACUGCGGGACCAUCCAGAUCGUCUACUCCAUCGCCAGGGGGAUCCAGGGCCCCGAGCAUCCCAACCCGGGAAAGCCGUUCACCGCGAGGGGCUUUCCCCGCCACUGCUACCUGCCCGAUAACGCCCAGGGUCGCAAGGUCCUGGAGCUGCUGAAGGUGGCGUGGAAGCGGCGCCUCAUCUUCACCGUGGGCACGUCCAGCACCACCGGGGAGACGGACACCGUGGUCUGGAACGAGAUCCACCACAAAACCGAGAUGGGGCUGAACCUGACCGGCCACGGCUACCCCGACCCCCACUAUCUGGACAACGUGCUGGCCGAACUGGCCGCCCAGGGCGUGACGGAGGACAGCCUGGGCCAGUAGCCAACUGGGCUCUGAGGCCGGCCCUGCCCCUCCCCUCCCCCGUCCUUGCUGCUCCCCUCGCGCCCCUCCCCGGGCACUGACACCCCGUGGCCUUAAGUCCCGGCCCUCAAGGGCUUCUCCCGUGCGAGCGAUAACGGGGGUCGGGGGCCGGGGACCCCCGGGCUGGAAGAGAAGGUUAUUUUUGUAUGCGGUCCGAAUGUUUUUACACAACACGUCGUCCGUCGCCGGCAUCUGCCCGGCCGGGGCGCCUGGGCCACCGGGCCCAGAGCGGGCCGAGCCGGCGCGUUGGGGUGGGGCCGGGGCGGAGGUGGCCGUCUCGGCCCGCUGCCCCGCCACCCCGCCCCUACCACGGUGCCUCGUCCCCGCCGGGGCCCCGGAUGCCUUUACUUCUCUCCAUCACUUGCAAUAAAUCCUGCAGAGCCAUGGUCCUGGCCUGAA